ACAUAGUUGUAGUUCUGGCUUCCAUAACUUUAAUGUUGAUAUUUAUUUUUUUGAUGUUUACAACACAUUAAAGUUAUGGCGUAACCCCCAUAGUAAAGUCCCAAAAUGUAAUAUAUAACGUGUUCGCUGAAGUUCUUUAGCUAACAUAGUUGUUGGUUUUAUAACAAUGCUGUCUUUUGGAUAUAAAAAAAAUAAUUACGGUAAACUUUAGUCUCAUAGUGUUACGAGAGGUGCUGACGGGGAUUUGUACAGUAAUAAUGUAGGCCGAAUUUUAUAUAAAUCUGCUUAUGAAUAACUGGUUACACAACGUGGUUAAUACGAAACAAUUUGCGAAUAUUAUCAGAUUGUCUUAUAUUAAUGACCAGUAGAAAUAUUUUACCAUAGAAACGACAUUUGCAAAUAUUCCCAUAUUGUUAAUACCAGACUUGAAAUUGAGAUACUUAAAACUUGUUUACCGUUUUAUGCCUGUUUAAUUUAUUGUUUUGCUUUAAUCAGACUUUAUCAAUAUUGUAGUGCAGGUUGGUACCAAGAUAUGGUUUAAUACAGUUGUAUAAUAUGGUUAAUGGCGUGUGACAAGAAUUUGCAGCUGAUUUGAGAAUACAUGCAUUGAGAAAGCAACGGGAAGAACGCUUAUCAUCUGUUCCUGAUUGUGUUCGAGAGAAAACGAUUACAAUUGUGACACACAUUGACUAUUUUAAUUGUGAGAAUAAGACAAUUAGUACAUUCACUAUACUAAGUCCUCUAAUUGGAGCGUAAGCCAGCAUGUACAAGAAUGCAUGAAUUCACAUUGAAGACAAAAUGUUCACAUUUCAGUCUGCCUUUUCUCAAAGAUCUAAGUUAAAAAAACGGAUGCCGUUCAAACAUAAAUGUUAUUCAUAUGGCGCUGCAUUUUCUAUGAAAGUCUGUUUGCAACAAUACAUGAGUGCUGGUUUUUCUCUGAAAUAAAAUUUACAAAAACACAGAAAGAUUCACAUCGACAAAAAGUCAUUUAAGUGUGGGACAUAUGGUGAUACUUUUCUCUGAAACUCAAAAUUACAAACCCACAUGAAAAUUCACACCGGAAAGAUGCCAUACAAGUGUGAUUCAUGUGAUGCUGAAUUUUCUCGGAGAAGUUUUUUGCUGAGCCACAUGCAAAUUCACAAUGUAGAGAAACGAUACAAGUGUGAAACAUGUGCUGCUGCUUUCUCUCAAAGAUCUCAUUUGCAGAGCCACAUGCGAAAACACACAGUAGAAAAGCCAUACAAGUGCGAGACAUGUUCUGCUGCUUUUUCUCAUGAAUGCCAUAUGCAGAUCCACAAUAGAAUUCAUACUGGAGAGAAGCCAUACAAGUGUCAAACAUGUGAUGCUGCUUUUUCUCAAAGAUCAUAUUUGAAAGGCCACAUUACAAUUCACACAGGCGAGAAGCCAUACAAAUGUGAAUUAUGUGAUGCUGCUUUUUCUAAAAGAUCUGAUUUGCAGAGACAUGUGAGAACUCAUAGCGGAGAAAAGCCAUACAAGUGUGAUAGAUGUGGUGCUGCUUUUUCUCGAAAAUCAACUUUGCAUAGGCACAUUAGAAUACACACAGGAGAUAAACAAUACAAUUGUGAGCAAUGUGGUGCUGCUUUUUCUCGUAGAUCAAUUUUGCAAACCCACAUGACAAUUCAUACCGGAGAGGAGUCAUUGGUAUGUGAGCAAUGUGGUGCUGUUUUUUCUCGAAAAUCAAGUUUGCAGAGGCACAUGAGAAUUCACACAGGAGAGAAGCCAUACAAGUGUAUUAUUUGUGAUGCUGCUUUUUCUCAAAGAUCAAAUUUGCAAAGACACAUAAGAAUACACCCAGGAGAUACACUAUACAUUUGUGAGCCAUGUGGUGCUGUUUUUUCUCAAAAAUCAAGUUUGCAGAGGCACAUGAGAAUUCACACAGGAGAGAAAACAUACAAUUGUUAGACAUGUGGUCUUGCUUGUUCUGAAAUAUUGGAUGUGAAUAGCACACGUGGAUUUACACCGGAGAGGAGCCAUACAUGUUUGAAAUAUGUGGUAGGGCUUUUUGGUAGGAUUUUAUUAUCAAAAUCUGAUUUAUAGCACUGCAUGAGAAUUAUACAAGGGAAAAACCAUAGAGUUAUAUGUUGCUGUUUUCUGCAAAGCCCCGAUUUACUAAAACACAUAAACAAAAACACUCGAGAACUUCCUUGCUCCAUGUCGCCAUACAUGGAUUAUAAGUAUCUUCAAUGGCCGAGAGUGCAAUAUAGGUUUAUUCCGACCAAAGCGUAGGGUGUUUAGCGGAAACGAGGUUUACCGAGUUUCGGCAAGACACCUUGCGCGAGGGUCGGGAUGAACCUAUCUUACUCGAGCGGCUAAGGUAGAUGCUUUUUUCCCCACCUCAGUUUAACAAAAUUAAGUAAUAAUGUAUUUUUGCUGGAACUAUUUUGCGCUUAGUGAAAAUAAUUGCGUAUGGAUUUGCGAUAAAUCGUGGUUGUCAUAGAUAUGCGCGCAGAGAUUCAGAUGUUAAUAGUCAGAUCGGUCUUUAAAUAGUUCUAAGGGGAGUGAAGCAUUACUUCUUGAAAGGUUCGUGAAAACUGUUUAAUGAUGACAUUUGAUGUGAGAAAUACUUAAUAAGUGUUCUAAAUAAUGCCAUAAGACAAGGUUUCCAUGAUGCUACCGAUGACAUUCUUCAACAAGGGAGGUAAUUUUAAUGUGGUGACCAUUAAAAAGUAGUUCCAUACGGGCAUUUUAUCUUCGCCCGUGGACAAGAUAAGAAUUUUUAGCAUGAUUAAAUUAUUGGAUCUACUUAUCUGAGGUGGGAGAAUAAAUGAUCAUAAUAAAAAACUUGGUUCUUAUGUUCAUUUAGUUGUUGCUCCAUAUUUAAUUCAUUCCCUGAAUUUUCUUUAUGAAACUUCGAGCAUAUAUUCGUUAAUGUCGUAUAUACCACUAUUCCUUUUUACAUUUACUAUUAUAUCGGCGUGACACACUUAUCAUAUAUUGAUUUAUAUACUGCACAUUUGAAAAUUUAUUGACUUAUAACUAUGCAACUUGAUUAAUAUGUUAUUUUCAUAUUAAGUUGUGCCAUAUCUCCUACAUUAAUCAAAUUACCCUCAUCAAGAUGGGUUUAUAAUUUCAUUUCAUUUUUACCUUAGAUGUCCUUUAUUUUCUAGGUGAGUCAUAUCGAAAUUUUGUCCAUAUGUUAAUUUCGUAUUUGCUCCAUAUUUCCUCAUUCAUUGAAUAUUCUGUUUGAAACUUUGUCUGUAUGUUUAAUACUGUUUGUGCUUCUGCGUCAGUUGAUACAAAAUAAAAAUGUGAAGUAAACUCAGUAAAGUAUUACACGGAUAAUAACCAUUUUAUCAUAUCAACUCAUAAUUUCCGUUUGCUCAUCUGCCCUUGUUUUUACGAUCAUUACAAUACGCUACAUACAAAAGGAGGACAAUCAUGGAAAUGUAAAGAAAUACAUGUAACCUAUACGUUUAUUUUUUCUACGCAAAUAUAAUGUUUAAACCUUUGUAAAUAAACCUUUGUAAUUAAAUGUUUGUUAUUCUAUUGUUUGUUUACCUUUGUUUAUACAAUGACGGGUAAAGGGUUAAGUUGAGUUUAAAGUCGUUGUGAAAAUCUGUUUUCAAGUUGUUCUUGUACAUUCGCUUCUAUACAAUAAGUUUCCUUAUGCUGUUGUGCAUUUAAAUUUUUGAACAUGUACUAUGUACACAUACUUAGACGACGUAGUGCGCAAAUAGUCCCCGCAUAUCUGUACAAGAAGUCUUUUGCAGCCUCAAUAUUAUAGUCCUUAUAUGCAUUAAUUCUUUCAUGUGUGAAAUACGUGUGUGUAUAUUAUCUAUAAACGCAACGUUACAAGGUACACAACAUGGAAAAGCCAACAAGUUGUAUUUCGCCUGUAUUUCGCCUGUAUGUUUCUGUAGUUUAUGCUUGUGUUAUUAUUAGGUAUAUUACGUCAACAACUUAACAAGUUAUUAAAGGGAUUGUAUCUAAAUGCAACACUAAGUAUACACCAUUAACAACCUUACACGUUAAUAAAGGGGCUAUGUCUAAAUGCAGCGCGCUUGGUAUACAACAUUAAUAACCUUAUAAGUUGUUUACGGGAUUUCGCCUGUAUGCUUAAUUAUAUGGCAUUGGAGCUUACGUCUUUAUUUAAAUAAAAUCUAUAUGAUUUACAUGUCCCUGUGUGGAUUCUGAUUCGUCUAGUUAACGAAGUUAAAAAGUGCAUAACCACAUACUUGACAGCCAUAUCUUUAUCAUGUUAAGUGUUCACUCAAGUGGCGUUUUAAUAAUAG